GUGUUAGCCAUAGUACAUCUGAUAGAGAAGCCUUUCAAUCACAAGUUUCUCUAUAUCUUUGGGAAGCAUCCAGAAAAGGAAAAUGGGCAAGUUCUAAAAUUUGUUACAACCUCAGAAGGCCCCAUAUUUUUACUACACCAACUAUAAUCUCAAAGAUACUUACCUUUCUCUUCCUCUUUCUUCAUUGAGUCCAUUUCACUUCAGGAGGCAUUCCAAGCUGCACCAAAAACCGUGUUGCUUGAGAUGUCUAGUGUUGUUCUUUGGGUUAGUUGUGGAGCCAUAGAGAACGUGAACUCCUUGGUGGGUCUUGCAUGGAGUAGUAGUAGUUGUAGUGCAAGAACCCAAAGGAGGUUCAAACCUUGCUAUAGAAUCAGCUUUGCAAGUGGGGCUUCUGCUUUUUCCAGUGCAGUGGUAGCAGAACCUUCAAGAUCCUCAGUGGAGAGGGUCUAUGAAGUGGUGCUGAGACAAGCAGCACUUGUAAAAGAACAAAGCAAGAGAGCUCUGGAUUUGGACAAGCCCAUUGAAGAUGACUUCGCCAAUUCCAAUGGGGAUCUAUUGAAUGCUGCUUAUGAUCGGUGUGGGGAAGUUUGUGCUGAGUAUGCCAAGACAUUUUACCUGGGCACACAAUUGAUGACCCCGGAGCGCCGAAAAGCCAUUUGGGCAAUUUAUGUGUGGUGCAGAAGAACUGAUGAGCUAGUGGAUGGCCCAAACGCUUCACACAUCACUCCCAUGGCCUUGGACAGGUGGGAGCAACGAUUAACUGAUGUUUUUGAAGGUCGACCCUAUGAUAUGUAUGAUGCUGCUCUCUCACAUACUGUUUCAAAAUACCCAGUUGAUAUACAGCCGUUCAAGGACAUGAUAGAAGGGAUGAGGAUGGACCUGGGAAAGUCAAGAUACAAUAACUUCGAUGAGCUCUACCUUUACUGCUACUAUGUUGCUGGGACAGUAGGUCUCAUGAGUGUUCCAGUAAUGGGGAUAGCACCAGAAUCAAAGGCUUCAACAGAGAGCAUUUAUAAUGCUGCAUUGGCAUUAGGCAUUGCAAAUCAACUUACCAACAUACUCAGAGAUGUUGGAGAAGAUGCUAGGAGAGGAAGAGUGUAUCUCCCACAAGAUGAAUUGGCACAAGCUGGCCUUUCAGAUGAUGACAUAUUUCAUGGGAAAGUUACAGAUAAAUGGAGAAAAUUCAUGAAGGGACAAAUAAAGAGGGCAAGGAUGUUUUUUGAUGAGGCAGAGAAAGGAGUUGCAGAGCUCAACUCAGCUAGCAGGUGGCCUGUAUGGGCAUCAUUGUUGUUGUAUAGACAAAUAUUAGAUGCUAUUGAAGCCAAUGAUUAUAAUAACUUUACAAAAAGGGCUUAUGUUGGGAAAGUUAAAAAGCUCUUAUCACUACCUUCUGCCUAUGGAAUUUCACUUCUAGGCCCUCAAAAGUUAGCCACAAUGGUUAGGAGAUAACUGUAAUGUGUGUACUUUUUUAGUUAGAAUUAUAUAUAUCUCAGGUAACCAACCUGUAUUGAAGAGUAAUCCAUUCAUUUAAUCAGUUUGCAAGCAAACAUUGACCCUGCUCUUUCCCUUUGUUGCCUUCACCCUUUAGGAUAUACAUGUACAAGUGGCAAUCAAUUGUAGAAUAUAUGGAAAAAAAUCAAAGAAAGGGAUAAUAUGCUUCUAUAUUAUUAUAAAAUGAGUUCUUAUUUUAGAGGUGAAAUAAUACUUUUACUUACUUUUUAGUCGUGUGUUUUUCUUAUUUUAUAAGAUAUGACUUCAAAGCUUUGCUAUUAAAUCAAUCUUUACU